CUAAUUUUGGUUGAAAUUCUGAUGUAACUGCCAAAAACCGUGAAAAGAACUGUAAUUUUCUGUUUGCUUCUUUGCACUGGCAGAUUAUAAUAAGUUGGUAUUAGAAGUAGAAAAAAAUGCUUAGACAAAUCCUCAAGGUUGUUUUUUGUGGAUACAACUUAUCUGUUCAGAAUCUACUGAGGCUGGCAUCAUAAGAUCAACAUAAUAAUCCAGUUUUGCCAAAUUUUUAGCAAUAUUGAUUAAAGAAAGAUUUAAUGUUGAUAUGCUAGUCUGGCAAAAUGUUCAAAAUGAAUAUGCUUAUUUCAAAAUUGAUUUACCCCUAAUAGGACUCAAAUAUUAAUAUUUUUAAACUAAAACCCUCAGAAUGUUUCAAAGAAUUGUUUAACAUUAAAAGUUACCAAAAAUGAUGAAAUAGGUAUUUAUUUAUUGGUCAAGAUUAAUCAAUGUUGACCACCUUAUUUUUGUAUAGGUAUGAUUCCCCCACCACCUCCUCACAAAAUGGUCAAUUAUAGUGGCAACAACAAUAAUAACAAUGUAGUGAAACAAUAUAGACAACCCAAAGAUAACAGUAGGCCUGGAGACCAUUACAGGCCCAUUUCUCCAAGGUGUGAUAGUGAUGAAAGCUGUGCUUCUUACACAUCAACAGGGGCUGCAUCUGAUAGUGGUGUCAGAUACAGUAGGUGCGGCAAAGUAGGCGAGCAAGCUGUCAUUUUCGGCAACAAAUUUAGCCACAGCUCGCCGAACGUUUAUGCCUCACAGUACCAUCAAAGUCCACAUGGACAAUACUACAAGAAUAGGUACUUCACAUCUCAGCAACACCAGCAGAUGGUCACCUCGCCCCACCAUCAGCAGCAUCACCAGAACAAUAACAACCAGCAACAACAACAUCACGCGCAGGCGCAGCAAAGACAGAACAACAGAUCACAUCAUCACCAUUCAAAUCAUCACCACCAUUAUCACCAUGCAAAUAACAAUGGUCACGCGCACAGGGAUAAAACUGACGUUAUGUUACGCAGGGCCCACGGUUUGGUAGAACGGUUUCGGUCUCGAGCCGAGUUGAUGCGUAUUGAUCCGUGUCCCCCGAAACUGUUAGAUGGAGGCCCUUGGGACCAAUUGAGCCAAGCUGUUUGGGAUGUAUUCGCCAGCAAAGCUCAGAACGAAAAAACAUAUGAAACGAAAAUUGCGCUGUGGAAGAAUAUAUUUUUGUAUAUCAGGAAAUAUUUGAGUAAUUAUGGCCUGUUCAUGGUGGGAUCAACGAUGUCCGGUUUUGGAUUGGAUAACAGUGACAUCGAUAUGUGCUUGCUCACGAAACCUCUGAUACAUGAUCCACGCAUCGAUUCAUUGCAGCAUCUGAACUCGAUCAAGACAUUAUUAAUAAAAUACGGUUUGAGUGUGGAUCCAGAAGUAAUCCUAGCCAAAGUACCCAUUUUGAAGUUCAAGGACAAAGAGACAGGAUUCGAGAUCGACCUCAACUGCAACAACUCUGUAGGCAUCCGGAACACCCACAUGUUGCACUGCUAUGCGCGACUGGAUUGGCGCGUACGUCCCCUGGUAGUGGCUAUUAAAUUGUGGGCCCAGAGCAACGCUAUCAACGAUGCUAAGAACAUGACUGUUUCCAGCUAUUCGUGGGCGUUGAUGGUCAUACAUUUCUUGCAGUGUGGUGUUACGCCUCCCGUUCUACCCUGUCUGCACGGCAUGAUGCCAGAAAAGUUCAAUUCGGAAAUCGAAAAUCACACAAUGGAUGUUCAAGAAGAAAUAGCAUCGACGAAGAACUUCACAUCGGACAAUUCUAUGAGUUUAGGAGAGUUGUUGACUGGAUUUUUGCAGUACUAUUCCACCUUUAAUUACAAUGAAUAUGCAAUAUCGGUCCGCACUGGUUGUCGUCUGCCUAUAGACGAAUGCCGUUUCCAGAAAGCUCCAAAGAAUGAUCCACAUCAAUGGAAAUAUCUGUGCAUAGAAGAGCCUUUCGACUUCACAAAUACGGCAAGAUCUGUUUACGAUCUAGAUGUUUUCAGGCACAUUAAGAACAUCAUCACGAAAUCAUUCGACGAGUUAACCAGGACCAAAAUGCUGAACAACAUACUUCCUGUUAAUCUAGAAGAGCAAGAGCAAAGUUGAUAUGCUCCAACACAAAGCAGUUCAGGGUAUGAAAAUGGAUAUUUUUAAAUGAAAAUGGUGUAUUCAGUGUAAACUAAGUUGAUUCUUCUGGGGGAACUUGUCAAUUUUUAACGGUCAAUAUGAAAUAGUCCGACUGCGUCUUAAUGACAGUUUGCCACACUUCCCCUAUCUAUUACCUAGUUACUAAAGCAAAAAUUAUUACUUUAUUGCUUGUUAUUUCAUAAUAAUGUACUGAAAACAAAUGUGAAAUUAUACAUACUAGGCUGUUCUCUUAUAUAAAUUCAGGCCGAACUAUUGGAAUUUGCAUUUAUACGCGGAGUGCAAUACAAACAUAAAUCUAAUAUAUAUUAUUAAUAUUCACUUUUUGUAUUAUUGAAAAAUGAUUAUUUUACAAUUUCAUAUUCGUAAUAUUUCUUUAUUAUGUUUCCUAUAUCACUUUUGAAUGAUUAUCUCAUAUUGACCUUACAAUACUGGUGCUGUUUGCACUGUUUCAUCCAUGCGUGUAUAGGGGGGAAGAUAAUAACAUUCCAUUUAAACUUGAAAGAUUAAAAAAACUUGAAAAAAUAAAAAGAAGAAAAAUAAUUUUUAUACUAUAUUUAUUAGCCAUAAGUAUUAUCUAUAUUUUUCUGUUCACAUUUUGCUUUCACAAAAGUUUAUAUUAAGUAUGAUAGGGGAGAAGAGAUAAAUAAUAAAAUGCAUUGGAGGAGUGUAUCUCUGUUAAUAUUAUACGUGUUUGUGUUUGUCUAUUUCAUCGUAGAUCGAGAUUGAACGAAAGAUAAAAAAUAUACUCACAUCAUAAAUCAUAUUUAAUAUUUAUAAAGCUAAGAGCGGUGUAUAAUUACUAAAUUUUUAAUUACAUUUUGUCUAGAAUGCCAAAAGUCAAGAGCAGAUAAAUCCCGUAUGUAUACUGUAACUGAUGUUUCAUAGCCAAAGAUAUUUUGGAUAUUGGUUAAAAUGAAAACAAGUCUUUGUUAACCGCUCCUUUCUUCAAAUUAUAAAACAUGUUCUCUGGGCUUUCGUAAAGAUAGGAUACAGUGCGUGAUAAUAAAUUUUAUUAUUAAAUAUUAUAUUGGGUCUAGACUCUGGGGUCCACUGGAGGGCACUUGUUGGUGUGUUUGUCAUAAUAUAACGUGAAUCUUGAAGAACUCCAACUCGCUAAACUUUAGUUCUGAAUAACCCUGUCCUUGAUAAGAGAAAUGAUGUAGCUGUACUAUGCUAUUUAUACACUGUAUCUCAUCUUGCAUUCGAUAAGAAAAAUGACAAGCAGUUCAUUUUCGGUGCUACUCGAUUCAUAGUCAAUGCUCGAUUUCGGAACGUUUCGUGAAAGAAACAAUAAAACAAAAAAAUAUAAAAACGUCGUCGUCGAAACAUUUAUAAAAACCCGACGGCGACCGAAAACAGUAUUAGUUUGCUUCUGUUUCUGUUAUGACUACUUAUAUUUUGGUCAGACGGCAGAUAUUGUCUUUGGUUAUUUGUUGUAUUUGAUUUGUGGGUAAAAUCGUAUAAAUAGCAGAAAACUCAUGAUGGCCUGACUGUCAAAACAUCAUCGCAUGGCGCUAAAAAGUUCUUGCUGCCAUUAUCGUGGAAAUAAAAAAAGCACGCUGAUUCACGCACAUUUACUUAAAUGAGUAAUGUGGAAAAAAUAUUGGUCAUAUAUCCUCUUCCUGAGAAAAUAUACGUUUGUGCUCGAUUUACGUUUUGAAUUUCUUGAAAAACGUAUGGCUUUAAAUCAGCGAUUUUAUUUCCAACAUUGGCUUUCAAGGCUUGCAAUUUUUGUCGUUUAUUGCGGUAAGCAAACAAGAAAGAAGCCCGAAAUAAAUAAUUAUGCCGCCAUGGAAUCUAGUAAUCUGUAGCAAUAAUUCAUAACGCCGAAAAACGAGCACAAAUGUGUACAGGUGGAUAUUUAUGCGUCAUUUUUUUAACUUAAAUUCGUUAGUGAAACAGCCAAUUUUUUCUAUUUACAAGAUAUCGGACAGUUUAUACAUUAUCACAUUACAUUUGCCUCACCUUGUAAUGGGUGACUUGUUUAGAGGUACCUUUAUGAAAUGCAUAACAAAAUAAAAAUAAACUGUGUCGGGUUAUCUAAUUAUCAUACAAAAAAUAAAUGACAUUCGUUUUUUGAAAAUUAUUUAUUCACCGCGGGCAACGUAAUCCAUUUUGAAAUUCCAAUUUUUGAUGGCGCGGUUGUGCAUUUGGAGCAAUAUUUGAUGAAUAACGCGAGUAAAGCGAUUUCUAAUAGAUCAAUCACAGUCUCUCAUCCGUGCAGAUAUAGCUAUGGUCGAGAAGUAGCGCCGUACCGUCUUGUUAAAACCAAAUGUUCUAAAGAUCAACGUCUUUCCUGUAUAAUAAAGAUAAAUUUGAUUGUUUUUGUCUUCAUCUUUUAGGAAAAGUACCUGUAAAUAAAUCACCAGUUUUCUUGCUAUUCGAACGUUUUUCAUCCCAUUUCUGAUGAUACGCCAUUUAUGCUAUCAUUUCUGAGCCGUCUUGUCUAAAAUUGUUUUCUCUUAACUGUGUACGCUUAAAAAUUUGCGGAUCGACCUCUGAUACGGGGGACCGCAAAAAACUGUAAAAGAUACAUAUCAAACAACGGGUGUGGCAUGCCCCUGUAUACUUUAAGCAACGAUCUAAGCUAAGGUUAGUCUCAGUGGUGUUGAAAAUUAUAUAAAAUGUAUAUUUUUGUCGUUGCGCUUGUUAGCCGUAAUAUUCAUAAUUGGUGUUGAUAUAACUGGCUGUAUAAAACAGAAAAUACGUACUUUCGAUAGAAUGAUAUUCUUCCUACCCUUUAUCAGUUACAUUGUCAUUUUUGUGAAGCAGUCGAUACGAGAUUUUUAUUUCCACUGAAGCAGUUAUCACAGUGAUACCAAUAUAUCAUUGUAUUAAGUCUCUACGAGCUUGUCUCAACUUUAUUUACUGACCGAUUUACAAUUUCUAAAAAAAGCAUUUUAACACCCAUAUGUAGUUGAAUAGAACAUCAUCUCUGUCAAUAGUACGCAAGGUUUUUGUCAGUUUCCUUUUUUGCUCUUGGUAAACCACAGGAAAGGAGUAAACGAUUCAUAGUUUGUGAAAGGUCGUGCUUCAGAGAUUUCAGCUGGAGGAUAUAACGAAGUCGAAAUUAAUGUAUGCAUUUUGCACUUAAAUCCAUGUUGAGAUAAUAAGACGCGAUAUAUAAAAAUGGUAUUUAUUUCUCGUUUGUCCUUUGUGCUCCUCAAAAUAACUUGCUGAUAUGUGUUCUGAACUGAAAUCUCCAUAGUUAAGCCUUCAAUUGAUGUAUUAAGAGUUUUUCAGAAGUGCGUUUAAUGAGUUAUUGUAAAUACAGAGUGGAACUCAAAUUUUUAUCUUCAUAGCUCUUCCGUUGAGAAAAUAAAAUUGGAACUAUGGAGCUUGCACCAAUGUAGAGUAUGUGUCAAAUUGAAAGAAAUUUGAACGUUUUCAACCGUUGCCGAUUUAAAUGAAGAAGCUAUGAACCAUAUCAUAUAGAAUAAAAUAUAUUAUUAUCAUCUUAUUGAGAUUCACUCUGUAUAUUGUAUGACAAGUGUGUGAAUAAAGUGUAAAUAAAAUUAAAUCGGAAUUGUGCAAUACUGAUUUAGAAUUAAGAUGGAUAAAGCAAAGUAAUAGUAUCCUCCAUUUAAUAUCUGUGAAUUUGUGGAUCACCGAUUUUUUUCUCGAUGUGUCUAUAGUUCUUAUGAUAUUACUUGUGAUUCAUAAUUAUAAAAUGUACAUAUGAUCUCAGAAAAGUGAUUAGUGCAGAUGUUUUAUGUCACUAACAGAAUUGCAAUAAUUUUUUGUCCAUCUGUCUAACAUCGAAUAUUUAAAUCAUAUGUCUCAGAAGAAUAGUGUUCAUAUUUAGUAUAUUUUUCCAGUUCGAGUCAAACUAUAUUUGAAGGCCACAUGUACCUAAAGUUUGUAUUUGUACUGUAAUGAUUAUCUACCGAAACUAAAAUGUUGGAUAAAAGUGAUGAAAACAGCUGCACCUUGCACUGUAAAAUCUUCAUAUAGUCACUAUGUGCCAAAGAACGAGUAACUGGAAAAAAUAGUGUCUAUUCUAAAUCUACUGUAUAAAAUUAGACAAUAUUUAAAGUCGAAUACAAUAAUUGUAAACAAUAAUGGUUUAAUGUAAUUCAAAAUAUCUAAUGGUAUAUAUUUGUCUAUUUUGUUGUCUAUAGACUACAAACAAAUGCAUUUUUUGCUGUCGGCAGCGUAACUAUGACGGUUUGAAAAAAUGUAAUUUCUUGAGUAUUCUAAUUAGGAUAAGUCUGGAAAUUUUUUUGUAAGACCAACCGGUCUUAUUUUUGUAGUUUUGACACGGUUGGCCAUAUAUUGAGAUUGUAUCAAUUUAUUAUUCAAUAAAGAUUAAACAAAGACCUCUCGUCGUGUCUGGUA